ACCCUUAAUUCACACAAUUUGGAGAGACCGAUGAAGCUUGCGAGGUUUAUAACUCCAAGCUUCGGCUAUGGAUUCUUCGAUCGUUCCUCAUUCUGGGCCCCUGGAUUUGCCUGAGUGAUGUGGCGUAGAGCCGGAAUUUUGCGAGGGCUGGGCGUUCGGCGGUUUUCAGCGGAAACUCGCCGUCGUAUCGAGGACGAGGGAGACUGGUUUUACGCCUCAGAAUGGUGGGGGAACGAUUACGACGGCGACGGCGACGGCCGCACUGUUUUCAGUUCAACAUCUGAGAAAGGAAAUGGCGUCGUCUCUGUUCUUUCAUACCCUUCCUCCAGGCCUAAUGGGCUUCAUUGGCCAGGGACUGGAAGGUGGCUUCAGCAAAGAUAUGCCGAGGUAUGCCCUGGUUGCAAGAACGAGGAACGGUUCGGGAUUCUUGGAUAUCAAUGGCGAGUGCUUCGUUUCAAUGACAAUACUCGCCAAAGCACAGCUAAAGUAAUGGCUGCUUACCGGGAAUCAAAACCAGAGUCAAUUUUCCUCAUGCAGCAGGCGCAUUGUUUGGCUGUUCCUUAUCUGAAGAGUAUGAUAUCAGUUGGGUUGACCACUAUUGCAUCUUGUGGGUAUGAUCUUUUGAAUGCAAUCCAAGGAAAACAAAAUCUACGUAUUUUAUGUAUUGGUCAUGGUGGUGGGAGCUUGCCUCUAUUUUUAGCAAGUAAAAUUCAAGGUGCCAAUGUUGACAUAGUUGAAAUCGACCCUCUUGUUAUCUCGGCCUCAAUCCAAGCCAUGGGCUUCCCAGCGUUCUCAGUUAUGACUGCAUCAGGAGAGCGUGCAUUUGCCCGACCCGAAUCCAUUGACGAUGUCAUGUGGAAAGGCAUCCAUGAAAGACUUUUCCUCUACGAAUUAGAUGCAGAGGAUUUCGUCUGCAACACGACCAAUCCAUACGACAUGAUCUUCAUUGAUGCUUACGACGGAGAUGACAUAUUCCCAAACAAACUCUGGGAUCCAAAUUCCACAUUUCUUGAAGCUCUCAGCAAGCGACUUCAUCCUAAACAUGGAACUGUGGUGGUGAAUCUUCACUCAGAUUCCGAUCUCUUGACUUCUGAUGGCUCUGUCCCAUCUGUUCUUGAACAUAUAUUGCCAAUGGGAAAGUAUGUAUCCCGAAUCGGUCGAGCGUAUAAGGAUGUUCUGACACGAGAUGAACGUUCUGGUUUAGGAUUCACAGUAGCGGUUCCCUGGGUUUGCAAUACAUCUCUGGUUGUGUGCAAAGGUUUCGAAAUGAACGGAUUCAAGGCCAAAAGUUUGUUAGCAUCGUUGGCGCUCGAUCCCCCGAAAGCCAACUUCCUCUCUACGUCUCUCAUGGCGGUCAAUGCCGAGAAGCGAUUGUCGCUCAGCAACAAUGACGACGACGACGCUCCCGGUGUCUUUUCCAGGUAAUCGCGUUCCGUGUCCGAGUCCGCGAUCUACCGCAAAUCCAAACACGCCGCUUCAAAUACGGCCUUCGUCACCAAUCAACUGCUGCGGAGCACCGGUAAGGACGCCUGGAUCACCGGCACUACAUUCCGCAUCCUCGUUGUGCCGCUCAUCAUCGAGAUGGAUCGCGGACAGCAGCUCAAUGAACUCGAGUUGCAGCAGGCUACCUUGCUCGGUGCCCCCGCCGUGUCGGUUCAAAAGUGAUUUGCGAAGUUCCGUCGCCGAUGCCGAGAUGGUUUCUUCGGUUCUCUAUUCUCGAGGUUCGUUUCUCUUAUGAUGAAUUAUGAUAAUGAUUCUAGGAUUGCAGUUCUUUGAAAGUAUUUUUCCUAUUCGCUUUUCCGUAUGUU